AUGGCUACAGUUUCAAUUGCUAGAGAAGCCGCUGCAACCGCGCUUGCUUCAGGUUUAGAAUCUUCAGUGGCGGAAGUGUCUUCGUUUCAACGAGCUGAACGGGACACAAAGCCGAAAUAUUUGCUCAAUGCUGAUCUUAGGAACCGUUAUCGUCGUCCAGAAGCACAACUGACAUUGUACAAAACCGGAUAUGUUCCCAACAUCAACACCAAGGACACCACCCGAAUCACCAGAAGAGCACGUUUCACCACUCAAGACCAUUUGUUGACUUAUCCUGUUUACAAAAGUGCCUAUGAGAACUUUAGUGCAAAUCACCCUGCUAUGGUGAAGGUGACUGCUGGAGCCAUGAAGAGAGCAGAUUCCAUCCCACCCCUCCGGGUUACCUUGGACUUUAAGGAUAGAGCAACCAAGCGUGUUUUGAAGACCGCCGACAUCUGGGUUCCGGCUUUGAAAUCGACCGAGGUGAAGCACUUGAGACAGCCCUUUGACAGCCUGAUUCAUGCCGUGGACAGCGCAUUUCAGUAUGCUGUAAAGAACCCAACCUCAGAGGGACUCAGGAGAGUCAGAAGAGUAUUUGAGGUCCUGGGUAAUAAAAUUCAGAGCGUGGCGCUUCCGAUUUUACCUCAGAGGAUAAGACGUCAGUUGGAGAAGAACCCUCCAAUCAAUCCAGCCGUCCUGAAUGUCAUUUCGACUUCUACGGCCAAAGUCAAAGAGAUUCUGACGCAGCAAUUGUAUGAGGAGCAAUAUCAGCUUUUGAGUCGUAUUUUGCAGAAAGAUGCUUCUGUCGAGUGCAACUUGUGCGAUCUUGUGAAAUACCUCUUUGUCCGUAGUGGAAAAGAUGGCGAUCAAGGUAAAAAGUUACACGAGCUCAUUGCUGCUUGGGGCGCUGAUGCUGACAACAUUGUCAAUCCAGAUUGCAUAGUAUCCGCUGCUGCAGAAGCAACCAAGGAAUCAAGAAAAGUCUCGAGCACCAAAUCUAAAGAGUCAGUGGGAAAUCAGAGUGACAUUCAGAAAGACACGAAACGCAAGAGAUCCCGUGUUUCGAGUAGAAGUAGUAAGACAACUAAUAAGGCAGCUGAAAAAGUGGCCUCGGAGCAUUUGGAUCCCCAAAUGGAUAUCCUGGGCACAACCUUUACUGAUGCCACGGAUGACUCUCAGCAAAUUGAAAAGGGCUUGGAUGAAGUUUCGUCAUUUUUGAGUAUCUUUCUGCAAGAAUCUGUUCUGAGCGUGGCUAUGGACGACUCAGGAGUAUCCUCUAGAGAGAGUGAAAAACAGCAGAAGAGCGUGAGAUUCUCCGAAGCAGGGACGACAGCCAGUGUAGACCACAUUGAAGAGACAGCGACUAUUUCAACUCAAGGACAUGAGGUAGGUCUGGUUUCUUACGAAGAAGUAAGCUACUUAGCCCAGAUCGCCUCUAGAGACUUUGAUCCUCAAUCAAAAGACUUCAGUGAGUAUGCUUAUCAGAUCACCGAAUUGCUCCCCAAUGGUGAUAAUAGUAGCAGUCUCAUUUCCAGUGCUCUCUUCUCUAUACAAACAUAA